AUGACCAUCACCAACGGUACCGGUCCACCCGCGCCGCCAUCGUUCAAAUUCGUGAUCGGCGGCGAUGAUCAUCAUCAAGAUGGGGGUUCUCACGAGCACUCGAGUCUUUUGGCCACUCACCACCAGGUGGGACCAACGGCUCCAAACACGUCCGGAAUAGUCAGGCACCCAACGAAAGUCUCUUCUAGAUUCUUGCUCUCUGUCGAGACUGAUGCACCACCGCCAAUGACUAGAGACGACAGUCAUAGAGAACUCUACGCAUGGGGAUCCAACAAAGAUGCUGGUGGCAAUCACAAUCUCGCUCUUUUUGAAGAGCCAUCCAUGCCAUUCUUCUCGAGUUAUUUGAAGGCCCAUAUCACCCCAGGACCUCUUGAACGAGCUCAAAGCUCAUCUCACGGAGGCCAUGGAGGAAAAGCUGAUCUUGGUGUACUUCUAGGAGUUUAUCUGCCGACCAUACAGCAUAUUCUCGGAGUUACCAUGUUCAUUCGUCUCUUCUGGCUUGUCGGAAUCGCUGGUCUCGGACAGACAUUCCUUCUUCUCUUCCUUUGCUGCUUCUGUACCUUCCUAACAUGUAUCUCGAUCUCGGCUGUUGCAACAAAUGGUGUCGUGGAAUCUGGUGGUGCUUACUUUAUGAUUUCUCGUAAUUUGGGUCCCGAGUUUGGAUCAGCUGUCGGAAUCCUGUUCUACCUUGCUAACACUGUUGCUACUUCCAUGUACUUGGUCGGAGGAGUUGAAAUUUUGUUGCUGUACAUCUUCCCAGGACUCACUUUCGGCGGAUCCGACGGACAACACGAUACUUCUCUUUUCGGUACUAUGACCAACUCUCUCCGAUUCUACUCCACGAUACUGCUCUUGAUCGAAUUCGCAAUUGUUGCCAUGGGUGUCAAGUUUGUGCAAAUGCUCGCACCUGUUUCGCUCAUUUGUGUGAUCUUGUCGAUUCUAGCUUGUUAUGCUGGUGGAGCUACGAAAACCAUGUACCCAGAUUCAGGACAAUAUGUUUGCAUGUUCAAUGAACGCCUCCUCCAAUCGAGCGCAUUACACAAUGAAACAGUGGCCCUCGACGAUAUUUGUGGUUACUGCAACAAUAACAACACUUAUCUCUUGGAUAAAGUUUGCGGACCAGAAGGAUGCAAUGAUACAAUGCUCGCACGAGGCGGAUUCAGUUGCAUCAAUGGUUUCCCAGGGUUCCAGGGCGGAAAAACACUUCUCAACAACCUUGGACCUAACUAUCUUGCCAAGAACCAAGCCGCAGUUGGAAUCCCAGCAGACCUGAAGGUUGAUGUUUAUCAAGACGUUCGCACCACAUUCUUCGUCCUAUUGGCUAUCUAUUUCCCAGCAGUAACAGGAAUUUUCACCGGAGCAAACAUGAGUGGAGAUUUGAAAAAUCCGCAAGCUUCGAUUCCUGCUGGAACCAUCGCUGCUAACCUGACAACAUCAUUCAUCUACUUCUCAUUGGCUUUCAUUUUUGGCGGAGCCAUCGACGGUGCAGUCUUGAGAGACAAGAAUGGACAAUCUGUAGGCGGGCAAAUGGUUGUCGCCCUUCUUUCCUGGCCAUCUCCAUGGGUUCUUCUCAUUGGAUCGUUUUUAUCGACUUUCGGUGCUGCUCUUCAAUGUCUCUGCUCUGCUCCACGUCUUCUUCAAGCUAUAGCUAAAGACGAAGUCAUCCCGAUUCUGUCACCAUUCAAGAAGGUCACUGCCAACAAUGAACCAUUCCUUGGAUUAAUAUUGACCACUGUUAUUGCUGAAAUCGCUAUUCUCAUGGGAAGCAUGGACACAAUCGCUGCUGUUGUGGAUUUCUUCUUCUUGAUGUGCUAUGCUUUCGUCAAUAUCAUCUGCACUCUCCAUUCACUUCUUGGAGCACCAAACUGGAGACCAAGAUUCAAGUACUACCAUUGGUUCCUUUCGCUUCUUGGAGCUGUUCUCUGCUUCUUCAUCAUGUUCUCCACCCAUUGGGAUUACGCCAUAGUCGCUUGUCUUCUUUGCCUUGUCAUCUACAAAUACGUCGAAUGGAAAGGAGCUAAAAAGGAGUGGGGAGAUGGAAUUCGUGGACUUGCACUGACUACCGCACAGUACUCUUUGAUGAAGAUUGAAGAUAAGGAGCCACAUCCGAAGAACUGGAGACCACAGCUUCUGCUUCUUCUCUCCAUGCAAUGGUCAAAGGAAAUCAUCGAUGUUCGUUAUUUGAACCUUCUCAACUUGGCAUCUCAACUCAAGGCUGGAAAGGGUUUGACUGUUGUUACGGCUUUCUUGAAGGGAGAUCCAACCAGUCCUGAUGACAAGAAGAAGGGAGAGCAAGUGAAGGCACGCAUGGACUUCGACAUGAACCAAGUUCGUCUUCGUGGUUUCGCCAAGACUCUCGUUCACUCGGAAGAUCAAGUAAGAGGAUCGAUGUCCACUCUUGUUCAAUCUGUCGGCCUCGGAGGACUCAAACCGAACACAAUGCUCAUUUCGUGGCCAGUACAUGAACGUGAGGAGGACAUGACCGAAUACAACACAUUCAUAGAGAAAGUACACGCCGCUUCGAUCAAUGACAUGGCUAUUGUAGUCGCCAAGGGUAUAAUUGACUUCCCAUCGGCUGUCUUCAGAAUGAGUGGAAUGAUCGAUGUUUACUGGAUUGUCCAUGAUGGAGGUCUCUGCUUACUCAUGGGGUAUCUUCUCAAACAACACAAAGUCUGGCGCGGAUGCAAGCUUCGUGUUAUUGGUAUUGCCCAAGAGUCGGAUAACAACGUGAAGAUGCAAGAAGACCUACAAAAGUACGUAUACCAACUUCGUAUCGACGCCAAAAUCAUGAUUGUCGAGUUGGCAGAUCCAGAAAUCUCGAAGAAUGCCUUCGAACGAACAUUGCUUAUGGAAGAACGAACUAUGAUGAUGAGAGAUCUGCAAAAGGUGUCUGGUGGAGGAAUGACACUAUCGCUGCCACCAAAUGCUCCACGAGCAGUAUCACCGCUUGUCACAUCCGAGAAGCGCGAGAAUUCGAAGGAUUCGGAUGAGGGAACGACGACAGGAAGCGAAGAGACGCUGGACAAGAAGUCGCCGACAACGGACAACGAGCAGGCAAACCAAGAAACGAAAACGAAGAAGGAAAGGAUGAAGGCACUUGACAGGUCGAAAGUAUCCAAGAUGCAUACAGCUGUUCGACUAAACGAACUGCUGCUACAACAUUCAGCCAACUCUCAACUGAUUCUCCUCAACUUACCUAAGCCUCCAGUACACAAAGACCAACAAGCGCUGGAUGACUAUGUUCACUACUUGGAAGUCAUGACUGACAAGUUGAACCGAGUAAUUUUUGUGCGAGGAACAGGAAAAGAAGUUAUCACCGAAAGCUCAUAA